AUGUUGGUGGCCAUCUCACUUUUGAUGAUUCUGGGCGCUUGCCAGCGGGCUGAGGCAAAUGCUACUGGUCCCAUUAAUUGGUACCAAAAGCACCAGAACUGUGGCGGGAAAAUGCAGUCCCCGAUCGACAUCAGCACGAAGAAUGUGGUGCAUGACCCCUUCCUUGAACUUUUUAACCUUACCGAGUACGAGAAGACUUCCGGUGUCAUCAUGCACCUGGCCAACGUUGGGGGCCACACAGCCCGCGUUCUGUAUUCCGGCACUGCCGUGUACAUCCGAGGCGGUAGUCUCCCAGACAAGUACCAGCUGGACCAGUUCCACUUCCAUUGGGCGAAGGAAGACCUGACGGGGUCUGAGCACUCUGUGGAUUGGAAGCAUUACCCUCUGGAGAUGCACAUCGUCCACCACCAAGCAGGCAUGGGAACCCUCCAGUCAGCAGCAGCUCGACCUCACGGCCUCGCCGUCAUUGCUUUCUUUUUCAAGGUAUGUCGUCGCUACAGUCUGUCGACAUGA